UCUGUUUACCAGAAGGUGUAAUCAGCUGAGAACAUCAUGUGCAGAUGUUUAAGGGUGGUGCUGACUCCACACAGAGUCUCCAUAUCUCUAAGCUACAGAAGAACUUUAAAAAUACACCAUAAACACGGCUGACCCCUUCAGUCUUACUGGCACAGGCCAGAGUAAACACAAACCAAUUUUGUGGUUCUGAAAGAGCAUUUGAAUUGAAAGCUUGUGGCAGACAGAUGACAUUUCGACUGCAUUUGACCGGUCCACCACCUUGGGGGUUUCGUAUCUGUGGAGGAAGGGACUUCAAGAUGACCCUGACUGUCUCAAAGGGGAGUUAAACUGUUAAAAUAUCUGGACUACAUUUUCUUAUGAACAAAAUAUAGAAUGUGUUAAGAUGUCUGUUGUGUAAAGGAGUUGUGAAGACUUAGCAUAGAGUGUUUUGUCAGGUUCGUGAAGAUAGCCGGGCAGGUGAUGCUGGGCUGCAGGUGGGGGACGUCAUACUGGAGAUUAAUGGUCAGAAUACUGGAGCCAUGUUGAAUAUGGAGGCUAAGAACAAAAUUAAGACAUCUGAACAUCAGCUGUGGCUUCUAAUUGAAAGACCUGCAAAAAAAUAUGUCAUACAGUGCUGCGGUGAUCCAAGACUUCCUCUUAAUUUGGAGCCCUCAGUCCGGCCAAAACAAACCCUUGAGUCAGGACAGGGCCAGUCCAAGAGAGCCCCACAGGAGAGAAACUACGGUCCAGAGCAGCUGAAGCAACACGAUAAGGAGUCCAGUGCAGGACAUAAGUCUGCAUCUGAUUGUAUCCAAACAGUGUCAUAUGAAUCGCAGACUACCAAGAAAAAGGUGAGUUUUAAUUAUCCAGUAUGGAGCUAUGGACCAGUUGAUCCUGAAGAGCUGGCGAGGAUCAAGAGAAGACAAGUUCAACCCCAGCAGCCCAGACAGUCCAACACUUUCAGGAUACUACAGGAGGGACUAGAACGAACAUCACUGCCAUCUGUAGCGGUCCAGAGGAGUCCAAGGUUUCGCACUUGUGAGAGAUGUGGUUACAUCAUUGUAACUCAGGUGGUGAAGAUCAGAGAGCGACGCUUCAGACACGUGGAGUGCUAUACCUGCAGGGACUGUGGCUUUAGUCUCGUGGAGCGAGGACAUUUCUGUGUGGAUGAGGAGCUGUACUGUGGGAAACACGCUCAGCAGAGAUGCCAGACAGCCUUCACUCACCACUGACUCCCUAAAAACACUUGAAUACAAUGUUUUCAGCUGUUAUAUUUACUUAUUUCAUUUCAGGUUAUGUUCAUUUUAUUUCUGGUAACAAAAUUGUUUGUUUAUAUGUUAAUAAUAC